AUGUGGAGCGGCCGGAGUUCCUUCACCAGCCUGGUCGUGGGCGUGUUCGUGGUGUAUGUGGUGCACACCUGCUGGGUCAUGUACGGCAUCGUCUACACCCGCCCGUGCUCCGGUCACGGCCGCUGCAUUCAGCCCUACCUGGCGCAGAGGCCCAAGCUGCAGCUCAGUGUCUACACCACCACGCGGUCCAACCUGGGCGCCGAGAACAACGUGGAUCUGGUCUUGAACGUGGAGGACUUUGACGUGGAGUCCAAAUUUGAAAGGACAGUCAACGUCUCUGUUCCCAAAAAAACGAGGAACAAUGGCACGCUGUACGCCUACAUCUUUCUCCACCAUGCCGGCAUCCUGCCCUGGAACGACGGGAAGCAGGUGCACCUGGUGAGCCCGCUGACCACCUACAUGGUCCCCAAGCCGGAAGAGGUCAACCUGCUCACUGGGGAACCGGCGGCACAGCAGAUCGAGGCCAAGAAGAAGCCGACGAGUGCCCUGGAUGAGCCUGUUUCUCACUGGAGGCCCAGACUGACCCUCAACGUGAUGGUGGACAACUUCGUCUUUGACGGGGCCUCCCUGCCCGCGGACGUGCACCGCUACAUGAAGAUGAUCCAGCUGGGGAAGACGGUGCACUACCUGCCCAUCCUGUUCAUUGACCAGCUGAGCAACCGUGUCAAGGACCUCAUGGUCAUCAACCGCUCCAGCGCCGAGCUGCCGCUCACCGUGUCCUAUGACAAGAUCUCGCUGGGGCGGCUGCGCUUCUGGAUCCACAUGCAGGAUGCUGUGUACUCGCUGCAGCAGUUCGGAUUCUCAGAGAAGGAUGCUGAUGAAGUGAAGGGGAUCUUUGUCGACACCAACUUGUAUUUCUUGGCGCUGACCUUUUUCGUGGCUGCGUUCCACCUGCUUUUUGAUUUCCUGGCAUUUAAAAAUGACAUCAGUUUCUGGAAGAAGAAAAAGAGCAUGAUCGGCAUGUCCACCAAAGCAGUGCUCUGGCGCUGCUUCAGCACCGUCGUCAUCUUUCUGUUCCUGCUGGACGAGCAGACGAGCCUCCUGGUGCUGGUACCUGCGGGCAUCGGAGCUGCCAUCGAGCUGUGGAAAGUGAAAAAGGCCUUGAAGAUGACUGUCGUUUGGAGAGGCCUGCGGCCCACGUUUCAGUUUGGCACUUACAGUGAGUCUGAGAAGAAGACAGAGGAGUACGACACGCAGGCCAUGAGAUACCUGUCUUACCUGCUCUACCCGCUCUGCAUCGGGGGCGCUGUCUAUUCGCUGCUCAACAUCAAGUACAAGAGCUGGUAUUCUUGGCUGAUCAACAGCUUCGUCAAUGGGGUCUACGCAUUCGGCUUCCUGUUUAUGCUGCCCCAGCUCUUUGUGAACUACAAGAUGAAGUCAGUGGCCCACCUGCCCUGGAAGGCCUUCACCUACAAGGCCUUCAACACCUUCAUCGAUGACGUGUUUGCCUUCAUCAUCACCAUGCCCACCUCCCACCGGCUGGCCUGCUUCAGGGAUGAUGUGGUGUUUCUCGUGUACCUAUACCAGCGGUGGCUUUAUCCCGUGGAUAAGAGUAGAGUGAACGAGUUUGGGGAGUCCUACGAGGAGACCCCCCAGCGGAAACCCCACGCAGACUGA